GAUACUUUAUUCCAUCUUCUCCAGCAUUUUAAACGAUCACGCAGGUGUAUGACCCAAAGGGCCUGAGGAGGAAUCAAACAAUCAAGAUCGAAACCUGAGCUGGUACAUGCUGCAGUAUUCUUCCACCAAGUUGUCCCGGUACCUUGGCCCAUGCCAGCACCGCUACGAAAAGCAUGUCACGCAUGUAGGAAGGCCAAAAGACCGUGUCGUCCGCAGUUGCCAAAGUGUGACAGGUGCUUUGCAAAGGGUCUCGAAUGCACUUAUGACCUUGAGCCUGUGACCAACAAAGAGAGAGGUGGUCCCGACACUCUCCCUCAGCGCCAGCUAGUCCGGGAACCUUUUCCAUCUGUGGUCUACGAUUCCAUACAAGCAGCACAUGCCGAUGCCAUUAAGAACUAUACUGCCAAUGGUUUUGACCCACACUACAGAUUUCCAGCAGUGUCAAGUCCCGAGCCUUUCGCUUUGGCUUUCGAACAGUUGAACGAGAUACCUCUUGCGACGUUCCAACUCCGGUCGACACCGUUUGUUCACUCCCAAAUACUGUCUUCAAAACGCCAGGGCUCAACGGACCACCAGUCCCAAGCUCUUGAUAGUCAACCGAACAGCACCACGGGUCUUUUCAGGUUCAUGGAGAACGAGCAGCGGAGACUUUUGUCUCUUGACGUCGAGAGUCUUCCAUUCUCAGAAUUCCUGGCCAACUUCCACAAACUGAUGGCCAUAUUAGUAGCUUCCACGUUGAACAAAGUCCGCGGUCAAGCAGAAGUCUCGGCUUUCCGGGCACUCCGAGACCUCUUCCCCGAAUGGACGCAACACUUCCACGCACAUCUCCCGCGGAGGCUUGAUCCGGAUCUCUCAGCCUGGCAGGCCUGGACACUAGCAGAGACGACGCGUAGAACGAUCAUCUUUGCCCUCAUGGUGGAAGUAAUUCUAGAGAUGAUCUAUCGUGGCUUUUUCUACUAUCGACCAAUGGUGGAGUCUUUGCCCUUUGAUGCCAGAACCGGCGUCUGGGAAGCCAACACUGAAGCCGAAUGGCAGGCGGCUAUAGCUGAGCAUGGCGGCAUCGAAUGCAGUCUUAUAUCCUGGCACGAGUUCAUUGAGAGCGGAGGACCCGAGCCUCGUAAGGAGUACGACGGCAUGCUGCAACGACUGCUCCUUAUCGGCUACUUCAGUAAAGCUGCUGUUGUGCACGAUGCAAAGGCGUGAUGACACCAAAUAAACGCAAGGAAGCGCAAAAUGUAUACUCGAGCAGCGAAGGAUUGAAGAAUUCAUUGCAAUCAUCGCCACAUUCCGUCCAUGGAUAUUUCGGGACCUGACAGCAGUGUGAACAACGGCUUGACGAAUUGGACAUCUCAUGGUAGAGUACUUAAAUGCUCUCAGCAAUGAUGUCAGGGCCGCAACGAUCGCUGAGAUGAGUUGCGUAUCUUGAGAGGAGACCAAGGCCAGUAUGGUCUUACCUUGGCUGUGGCGACGGCCUAUUCAGGAUUUGCAUUGCUUAGAGUUGUGGCAGGAGACUGUGUUUGGAUGAAUAUGCGAACAAGACAAUGGAUAAACAAGGCUUUGUAGACUCGCUCCGGGUAGUCUGGUUGGCCUAUGGAUGCUUGAACAGUAUGCUUUGACAGAGGAAUAUGGGUGGCCAAAGUCGUGGAUUUGGAAGCGAGAUUGAAUGAUCACACACCAACGGCAAUCUUCUCAAGAUGGACUUUAUCCUGGGCAAUAGCUAUG